GGGGAACUACAAGACCAUCAUCUCAAAAGUGACAGACUAUUGUAGAAGAAACAUAACAGUGGAUGUGAGAAUCUUACCUUCAUAAAAGUGGAAGAUAGAAGACAAUGUAAGUUUGUUUUUAUUCUUCAUGGUGAAAAUUCAGGAUGGAUACCGAUGAUCUAAACCUGACCUUUUCUGAUACAACUCCAAAUUACUGGUCAUAUUAUGGAGACUCUGGAUACGUGUCUAAUUCUUAUACUGAAGUCAAGUUACUGAAGAUUACAGUUACUUUAUACAGCAUCUUUUUUGUUCUUGGAACUAUCGGUAAUGGAUUAGUCAUCUGGAUUGCUGGAUUCAAGAUGAAGACAAUCAGCGCUGUGUGGUUCCUCAACCUGGCCAUUGCGGACUUCCUCUGCUGUGCUUCUCUUCCUCUGCGCAUUGCAGAGUGGAUUUACCUCAUCAUGUAUGACCAAGCUAGUGCAAUCUAUUGCAUAUUAAGCAUUAUUCUGUUCAAUCUAAACAUGAGCGCCAGUGUUCUUCUCUUAGUGGCCAUGAGUAUUGACCGCUUUGUAUCCGUCAUGUGGCCAUUUUGGGCUAAAGUUCAUAGGACACGAAAACUAGUUAGAAUCACUGCGGCAAUCAUUUGGGUGAUCAGUUUGCUCUUGACUGGUUUAGUGUUUUACUUAUAUGGGUUUUUAUUUCAUGAUUUAAAUGAAUGGUGUGUCCAGCUAUAUUAUGAUAUAUUUCGCAAUAACGAUAUAAUAAAAUGGACCAUUCAAUUAUUCAGGUUAGUUAUGAUGUUUGCAAUCCCCUUUCUCAUCAUCUUUAUCAGUUAUGUUAUCAUUUAUAUCAAAGUUAGAAAAAGUAAGAGAUCCCAGAGAUCUCGGAGACCCUACAGGAUCAUCACCGCUGUUAUAUUGGGUUUCUUUCUGUGUUGGUUUCCAUAUUACAUCUGGCCACUGAUACCAAUGUAUCACAAACAUUACAUGGAAUUCUAUACAGUAAAUAUUAUAAUUAUCAACCUGGCUUGUCUUAACAGUUGCAUCAACCCAAUCAUUUAUGUUUUGAUGGGUCAAGAUUUUAAACCUGGUUUCCUGAGAUGUAUUCCCUACAGGCUACAAAAAGCCUUAAGUGAACAUCCUGAUGAACUAUGCAGAGAACGAGAGGAUUGUGAACAUACUCAAAAUUCAGAUGUUUGAAAUAUACAUUGCCAUCUUAAAGGAGUUUACAGCAACUUAUCUCAUUCAUUCUCCAUGAUGUAACUGUAUGUGUAACACCCCAGAGCGCUGUUACCACUUCUGCACCUUGCUACUGUCUUUAUUGAUCUAACCUCAUGUCAUCUUAUGCAUUUAUUCCAGGUCCUCCACACUGUGCAUUUCUAAUGUUAUGUAACUGUACAUGUAAUGUCGCUGGUUCACGAGCAGGUGGCAGCAAACAUGGCAGAGCUAUACUUAGAUAGAAUGGAAUAUUCCAUUCUAUUCUAACCCCCCCCCCCCUCUAAAGAGAGGUGGGCGAGUCAUACUUCCUGCAGGAAGGGUGGGACAGAAGUUCUAGUCAGUCUAGUUUACCCCUAACUAGGGAAAGGGUGUGCAGGGGCAUGUCUCUGAUUGACGUGCCCACAUCAGCCAGAGCACCUUAAGCUCUGCUGGCCAAGGAGGCCAAAGCUUGAAGCCUCAGGAGCCAGGAGGAAAGUUCCCUGGCAAAACCUAGAGUCAGACUACAAAGUGAAGUGCAGUAGCAGCAUACAGAAGAAGCUGAGUUAUACAGCCAGUCUGUCAUUACAGAAGAGUCAAAGAGAAACUGAUAUAGCAGAGUGGAAUUAGCCUGCCUGUUUCAUGCUAAAGCCUGCUGGAACCAAGACAAAGUCUGUAAACGUUUUGGAGAAAGUUUAUGCAAA